AUGGCAGAGAUAAAAAAUUUAAUAAAAAAAAAAGAGAACAUUUAUAACAAAUCGGAUAAAAUAAAUAACAACAAAGAGAGUAAUAAUAUUUACAUUAAUAAAAAUAUUAAUAUCUAUAAUAACAAGAAUAUCCAUAUUUAUAAUAAUGAACACAAUAAUUAUAAAGAACCUAAAGAGAUAUUUCAAAAUGUAAAAUAUAUUCAUAGUGCUGAUGGAACUCCAAGGGAAGUAUACCCAAAAAAUUAUAUAUCUAUAAUAAACUCCGAACAUAAAAAUAAAAUGAAAAAUGAAAAAAACAAAAAAGCGGGAUCUCAGGAAAUACAAACUGGUAUAGAAUAUAUGAAUAAUAAAAAUGAUAACAAUAUGAAUGAUAACAAUAUAAAUGGUGACAAAAUAAAUGGUGACAAUAUAAAUGCUGACAAUAUAAAUGGUGACAAUAUAUAUGAUAAUAAUAUACACAGACAAAAAAGUAGUAAUAAUAGUAAUAAAUCUUCUCAUUCUUUAUAUCAUUCUAACGAGAAUAUGAAAAACAAAAAUACACAGAUUCAUGUAAACAAUUGUACAACAAAUAAUAGUUAUGAAUAUAAUAAUACAAAUAAUAUAAUAAAAGAAUGUAAAAAAGAUAAAUGUUACUUAUUAUACAAUGAAAAUAAGGAUAGUUCAUAUUAUUAUAUGAAUGGACAAAAUAAUAUAAACAAUUAUAAUUAUAAUAAUAUUAUUAUUAAAGGUGGUAAUAUUCAUAACAAUAUUUAUUAUAAUACCAAACCUGUAGAUAAAUACGAACAUUAUUCAAAAUGUCUUCAACCUGUUAUAAUAAACAACAACAAUAAUAAUAAUAAUCAUAAUAAUAAUAAUAAUAAUAAUAAUAAUAAUAAUAAUAAUAUAGAUUGUAAUUGCAUAAAUAUAAAAAGUAAAUUUAACUACAAAAAUCAACUUAAAAUAAAUAAUAUAUCUGUAUAUGAUCAGAAAAAAAAAAAAACAAAUAAUAAUAUUAUAUGUUCGUCCGAUUUUGUAAAAUCUAAUAAUAUAUAUACUCCUAUACAAGUAAAUGAAAAAAAAUAUAUAGCAUCAAAAAAGUAUAUGUCACCAAGUAUAAAAAAUAACAAUGUUUAUUUAAAAGAAAAAAAUAAAUCAUAUAUUAUUAAUAAUAAUAAGACACCCAUGGAAUAUAGCACAAAUUGUGUAAUAAAAAAGGCUAACAAUAUAAAAUAUGACCAUAUAAAUAAUGAUUUUAAUAAUAUAUAUAAUAACUAUAACCAUAUAAAUAGUAAUUGUAAUAAUAUAAAUGAAAAUACAACACUGUGUACUAAUAAUAAAUAUAUAGAACAUUUUUAUAACUCAUCAAAUAAUGCCAAAAUUGAAUUAAAAAGGGAAACACGUCAUAAUGAUAAAAAUGUACAAAAUUGUGAUAAGCUUUAUAGCGAUUAUGAUAAUGAUAAGGUUUAUGAAGACAUUCAAAAUAAUCUAAAGAACCAGAAAAAAAAUAUAAAUAUAUAUAAAGAAAAUAUGUUGAAUAAGAAAAGGGAAGGAAAUAAUAAUUCACUUGAAAAUUUUAAUAAUAAUAAUAAUAGUAAGUAUAAAAAAGAAGAAGACAAUUAUACGAAUGUAAAAAAUAAUAUAGAUGAAAAAGUAUAUACAUAUGAACCAAAUAAUUAUGAUAAAAAUUAUAUUUUACCCAAAAAAAACGAAUCAACAAAUUUUUAUUAUAAUCAUGAUAAUAUAAAUAAUAUUAAAAAAAAAAAAAAUUUGGAAAAAUCAUCAUAUAUGAAUAAAAAUAAUUUAAAUAUUAUCCAACCAUUUGAUGAAAAAAUGAAUCAAGUGUUACCUUCUGAAUUAAUAAAUUCAUAUGAAGAUAUGAAGAGUGACUAUUAUGAAUCUAUACCAAGCCAUAAUGUAUCACUUAGUAAAAUACCAGAAAUAAAUAUGUUUCAGAAUAGUAAUACAAUAUGUGAUCAUAUAGAAUCAAAGGAAAGUGGAAAAUAUGAUUCCUAUAAUGAUGAAACUAAUAAUAUGUAUAAUGUAGAAAUUAUGGAUAAUUCAUAUAAUUUUAAACAUAAAAAUAAUAUAUAUAAUAAUAAGAAGAAAGAAGAGGAUAUAAAGAAUAAAAAUAUAAAACUGUCUGAUUUUUAUAUGGAUCAUGUAAAUGAUAAGAAAGAUGAAAACAAAUGUAAUUCUUAUCAAAAGAGAGCAAGUAUAAGUUAUAGUGGUCUGUUAACUUCAAUGGUAUCAUCAAUUUUAACACAACAAAAUGAAAGAAAAAUAAAAGAAAGUAAUAAUUGUUUAAAUUAUUCUUGGGGUAUUGAUAAAUAUGAUUAUACAUUAUUACAAACCAUCGAAGAUAAUACAGAAAUGAAUGAUGGUAAUGUUAUAUUAACGAAAAAAUUAAUUGAAACAUUUAAUAAGAAAAAAUCUAGUGAACAUAUUUUAACAUUAACAUUAUCUUUAAUGAUAUGUAUUUCUAUUUUAUGUAAUUAUGAUCAUGGAGCUAUACCAGUAACAUUAGAAGAAAUACAAAAAGAUUUUCCUUUAAGUUAUAUAGAACAAUCAUUAUUAGGUAGUUUAGUAUAUUUUGGAUUAAUUAUAGGUACUAUUAUGGCUAGUAUAUUAUUUGAACUGUUGUCAGCCAAAUUAUUAGUUACUAUUAGUAUCAUAUUAUUAUCUAUAUCAUUAUAUAUAUUCAGUCAUGCAAAUUGUAUUACCUUUAUGUAUAUUUCGAGAUUUGUAAAUGGACUUUGUCAAGCUAUUCCUGUGGUUUACUUACCUGUAUGGGUUGAUGAAUUUUCACCUGAUGAAAAAGCUACACAAUGGAUGUCAUAUAUUCAAUUAGCUUCCAUAGGAGGAACGGUCUUUGGUUAUUUUCUAGGUGGAAUUUUAUCCAAUAAUUCUUAUAGUUAUCAUAAAAAUGAUUCGAUAUUUUCUAAUGUCAAUGUUAUUACUACUUGGAGAUCUCCUUUUUUGAUUCAAGCAUUCUUGUUAUUACCAAUUUUUUUAAUUAUGAUAUUCAUACCGUCUGAUAAAAUUAAUAUAACCUCGAACAACAGUGACUGCUCCGAUAACAUAAGUACUGAAGAAAUUGAUGACAUAACACAAUGUCAAAAUAAAAAACAUAAGGACAAUAAUAAUCUUAAAAAUAAAUACUCUAAUCAUAAUUAUAUUAAUAAUAUAUAUAAUUCAAAUACAUAUGAUAAUAUAAUAUAUAAACAAAACAAUUCAUUUAAUAAUUAUAAUAAUGUAUAUUAUAAUAAUAAUAAUAAUAAUGUAAAUAUUGGUCAGAAUAACCAAACAAAAGAUAUAUCAUACUCAUCCAAAGACACAAAUAAAUCAAUCGCUCAAAAACAUAAAUAUAAGAAAAGUAAAUUAUUCAGUGAUUCAAAAAAUAAAUUAUUACGUCGAAAUUUUAAUAGAUCAGCUACAUAUAUAAUGGAAAAAAAAACUAACGUAUUAAAAAAGACCCUUAAAGAAGUGAAAAAAUUGUUUCAUAAUAAAUUAUAUAUUAUAAUAACCUUAGGUAUGAGUAAUCUAUAUUUCGUAGUAACAGGUAUACAAUUCUGGAUAACUGAAUAUAUGUCUGUUGUUUUAUUAACGGAGAAAAUGAAAAUCGUUACAGUAUCAACUUUAUGUUUUUUAACUUCACCUACAUCUGGAGUUUGGUUUGGUGGAUUUGUUUGUGAUUUAUUCGGUGGUUAUAAAAAUACAAAUUAUUCAAAAACUAUAAAGGUAGCAACAGCAUUUGCUAUAUCCGCAUGUAUAUUUGGUAUUCUUUCUGCUCAUUUGAAGAAUUUUAUUUUUUUUUCGAUAUCCUUAUGGUUAUGUCUUUUUACAGGCUCUGCUUUGGUACCUGUUUGUGUGGGAAUGCUCUUAUCGUGCGUUAACAACCAUCAGAAGAGUUUAUCCUCUGCUGUUUCUCAAGUCAUAUAUAAUGUUUUCGGUUGGUUCUCAGCUCCUUUGUUGUCUGGGAUUAUUAUGGACAUAAUGCACAAAUAUACCAAUGACAAUAGAUUGGCUUUAAAAGCUGGAUUCACCAUGAUUUUGUAUUCUAGUUCUAUAGGUUUUCUUUUGUUGUUCUACGCCAAUUUUUUGGACCUUUCUGAGAAGAAAGAGAAUGACGAUCUUAUAGAAUUAGAAGAGCCACUCACUUAG